UUGGAGUUUGGAAUGAAUCAUACAGAUGUCACUGUCGCACAGUAUUGCAAAACUGUAAUGCAAGAAGUUCUGUGUACACGCUCCAGUCCCAGUCAUCGGUCAAAGCACAGAUGGUAACCGGUCCCGUUUAUAGGGAGUGGUAUUCGCCUAUUCGCCUGUUGUUUUUAGUUUAGUCAUUUAGUUUCCAAGAACUAGGCCAAAAUGCGUUGCUCCUCAUUUUUGAAUUGAACUUAAAGUAUAAAAUACCAAAGAACAGUUUUCGUUUCAUGCUGAGAAGUUGAAAUCUUUGAAGCAGCCGCCGUCCACGCUACAUCCACACAGCAAGAUGUCCUUCUUUAAAUUUGGCAAGUCGAAGAAAACGCCUUCCGAGAGCGGACCCUCGCAAAUUGGCUUCCCGACCAACGUCCACCACGAGUGGCAUGUCAGCCGAAACAAACAAACGGGACAACUGGAGGGCCUGCCUGACCAGUGGAUGACACUGCUCAACACGCAAAUUACGAAAGCUGAGCAGAAAGAAAACCCAGAUGCAGCGAUACAGGCGCUCAAGUUCUACAACUACUCCAUUAAGAAGAAGCCGGCCAACCUUUUCAAGCCUUUAGUCACAGAAAAUGCCAUCCCAGAGGAGUCGGAGGAGAUCGAGAAGCUGUUCAAGCAGAGGAGCGUGUCCGAUCACAGCUCGUCGUCGGAGGCGUCCGGCGACACGAGCCGCGAGCUCUCGCCGCCGCUGCCAAACUCGCAACCACCUGUUGCUCCGCCUCGAAAGUCGCCGCGCUCUGCCAAAAAGCAACAACAGGAUGAGCCCAUUUAUGACAACCUGAGGGACAUGAAGAAUUUGAAUUUGAACACAGAAGACCACAACGCAGACGAGCCUUCCCCCGUGGUGGUUCGCAAGAAGGAAAAAGCGACAAAGAUGACUGAUGAGGAGAUUUAUUACGAACUCCGGACGCUCUGCAACAGUGGCGACCCCUAUAAAAGAUUCAAUUUGAGCAAAGAACUUGGAUCAGGGGCGUCAGGGACAGUCUUCACUGCCAGAGACAAUCAAUCAAACCAGACCGUGGCCAUCAAGGACAUCGACAUGUCAAAGCAGCCGAGAAAGGAGCUGAUUCUCAACGAAAUCAAAGUGCUCAGAGACUUUAAUCACGAAAAUCUGGUCAACUUUCUCGACGCCUACCUCGUUAACGAUCAUCUUUGGGUUGUGAUGGAGUUACUUGAGGGCGGUCCCCUCACAGAUGUGGUCACCGAAACAGUCAUGAAGGAAGGCCAGAUUGCAGCAGUGCUCAGGGAGGUGCUCAAAGCCAUCAGUUUUCUGCACUCCAAGGGAAUCAUACACAGGGACAUAAAGUCAGAUAACGUGCUGCUGGGGCUUGAUGGAACAGUGAAAGUAACCGAUUUUGGAUUCUGCGCCAAUAUCAUCGGCGACGAAAAGCGACAGACGAUGGUUGGAACACCAUAUUGGAUGGCCCCAGAGGUAGUGACACGAAAGCACUACGGCAAGAAGGUGGAUAUCUGGUCGCUCGGAAUCAUGGCCUUUGAGAUGAUCGAAGGAGAGCCGCCAUACCUGAAAGAAACACCCCUCCGCGCCUUAUACCUCAUCGCUGCUAACGGGAAACCAAAAAUUCCCAGGUGGGACAGCUUGUCGCCAGUUUUCCAGGACUUCCUCAACAAAUGCCUUGAAGUGAACGUGGACGACCGCGCCGACGCGGACGAGCUACUUUGCCACAGAUUCCUGGACAACUGCAUGAAAUUGAACACGUUGACGCCGCUCAUCAAGGCUGCACAGAAGCUGCUCAGGAAAGGGCCCUACCAACUUGGAAAAGUUUCAAAAAUGUCGUUUCUGAUCAACAAACUGAACAAACUAUCGGCGAGGAAAUCAUCAACCGGGGCUACUCCAACUGCGCCGGUUGUCAUGAACAUUGGCAUUCCAACAAACGUGAACCGCGGCAUUCACGUCAAGCGAAAUGAAGAAACGGGCAAAUUAGAAGGACUGCCCUCAGAAUGGAUGUGUCUUUUAAACACGCAGAUUACUAAAGCGGAGCAGGAUGAAAAUCCGGAUGCGGCAAUCCAGGCGCUUAAAUAUUACAAUUACUCGAUUAAAAAGAAGCCGGGCAACAACAACAUGUUCAAACCGAUUAUCACGGAAAAAGCCAUCCCAGACGAGUCGGACGAAAUUGAAAAAAUGUUCCAAUGCGAUCCUGAAUCGGGUCCGUCCGAAGCCACGGAGCCCCCUGAAGAAAUAAAAAUUCCUGUUCCAGCCCCAAGGAGGCCUCCGUCUGCAACGGAGAACGAGGUAGAAGACGAGUCGCAAGAAUGUUUUUCUUUAGAAGAGCCAGAGAGCCAGCAGCCACAAGGUGAAACGCCGGUCACUGUGCGUAAAAAGGACAAAGUUUCGACCAAGCUGACUGAUGACGAAGUUUUGGCGGAGCUCAGAACUUUGUGCAACUGCGACGACCCGUUCAAAAAGUUCAACGUGAGCCAGGAGCUCGGCUCAGGGGCGUCAGGGACAGUUUUCUUUGCCAAAGACACGCAGUCGGAUCAGACAGUUGCAAUUAAAUUCAUCGAAAUGUCCAAACAGCCGAGGAAGGAGUUGAUUCUGAAUGAAUUAAAGGUUCUCAAGGAUUUUAAUCAUGAGAAUCUGGUCAACUUUCUGGACGCCUACUUUGUCAACAAUAACCUUUGGGUCGUAAUGGAGCUCUUGGAGGGUGGUCCCCUUACAGAUGUGGUCACAGAAACGGUCAUGAAGGAGGGCCAGAUUGCAGCAGUGUCCAAGGAGGUUUUGAAAGCCAUCAGCUUCCUGCAUUCUAAGGGAAUAAUUCACAGGGAUAUCAAAUCGGACAACGUCCUGCUGGGAAUUGACGGAACUGUGAAGGUGACCGAUUUUGGUUUUUGCGCCAACAUCACAGGCGACGAAAAGCGGCAGACGAUGGUCGGGACGCCUUACUGGAUGGCUCCUGAGGUUGUGACGAGGAAACAGUACGGCAAGAAGGUGGACAUCUGGUCCAUUGGCAUCAUGAUCAUCGAAAUGAUCACCGGCGAGCCUCCGUAUUUGAAGGAAACGCCGCUUCGCGCUUUAUACCUGAUUGCAGCCAACGGAAGACCGGAAAUUAAGAAGUGGAACACUCUCUCGCCUCAGUUACAAAGUUUUAUCGGCAAGUGUUUGGAGGUGAACGUUGAAAACCGCGCGGACGCAGAGGAGCUCCUCGCGCAUGACUUUAUGAACAAGUGCAUGAAACUCAAUUCGUUGACUCCGUUGAUAAAAGCCGCGCAGAAAAUUCUGCGAAAAGGAGCUUUCCAGUAA